UCUUGAACUCUUUGCCUCAUGUGAUCCACCCGCCUUGGCCUCCCAAAAGCUCUUCUAUUCUUAAUGAAGGCUUUGCAGAGAAGGGGAAAGGCCUUCACAGUGAGAACAACAUGCCUGACCCUCAUCCCCAAAGGACUUCUGCAUCCUUGGAUCUGUCAGAGCCUUCUGGGCUUUAUUUCUGUAUUUAUUGGAAAUAAAAGUAAACUAAAUGGUUUUACCCACCUUCUAGUGGUCAAAGAGUUGUUGCAAUUUCUUUAACUUUUUCUUAAAAAACUCAAGGACGUCCGUAAUUACGCUGGCCAGGAAUAUACUGACACUUGUGAGCUACUAAGGCUGGCUGGGCUAUAGUCCUCUGCACUGAAUGGCUUCAGGUUUCGGUGCCUUUGAGUUUUCAUUUUGUUUUCUACAUUUUUUUUCUCCCCCCAUGACACAGGUGGUGCUUGAGAUGAUUUUAAUGGCUUUGUGAGGUGGGUUUAGAUUUAGAUUGUACUGGGUUGGUGCAUAGGCAAUUGGGGUUUUUGCUAUGCUUUAAAAAAAAAAAGGCAACAACUGCAAUUACUUUUGCACCAAUGUAAUACAUGGAUGUGACCCACCUUCUACCACAGUCAUGGAGAAGAUUAUCUGGGGGUCAUGUUAAAUGCAGACUCUGAUCUACUGGGUCUGGGGUGGGGCUGGAGAUUCUACAUUUUUAACAAGAUCCCACAAGAUGCUGCUGCCCUGGACCCUUGUGACUCAAGGUUUGAUCUACAAAUCGGCAGCAUGGCACCCCCAGGAGCUUGCUGGAAAUGCUAGCUCUAAGGUCUUUUCUGAACCUGCUGUCUCUGUAUCUGCAGUCACAAGCCUCCCAGUGAUCCCUGGACACAUUAAAGUUUGGGAACCGCCAAUGUAACACACUGCUGGAGACCACGCCUUCACACCUUCCCUAGAAGCAGGGAUCCCAUUUCUUGGAUUCCAAACCACUUCCAAAGAGCUUGUGGAAGGAUGUUUCCAGGCCUGGGCAUGUUCUCUCUUGGGAACACCUUUAACCUCUCCAGGACUUUCCAUUCCACUAUGUGCCCUCCUCUGUCCCUGUUAAGAUCCUUAAGCUUUAUUAAGACCUUGGUCCUCUGCAUAUUAGCUCCACUGUCUGCGUUCUUUGAGACAGACGCCAGUGGCUGAAGCAUGGCUGGAGAAGGGACAUCGAUCUUUCUUAGUACUGCUGCUCCCAGAGGAUAUAAUUUGCUUGAUAGAUGGGUUCUGGCUGCAGCUACUCAGGGUGGAGUGAGGGAUUGUGCAAAAUGCUGGGUGCACCAGGCUUUAGAAAAAUUGCCAGGAGGAUAAUAAAACCUGAAAGACAAACAAGACGAGGAGGGAAGGUGCUCUGUGGUGUACCUGGUCCCAUUGCCCUGUGGCCGGCUGUGUGAGAAGAAAUAGGAGUCAAGGUUCUGGGGUCUUACAGAGUGGGAGUGUGUGGCCAUCACAAUGUCAGUAGCACCCUGUGGGUGGCAGAGUAUAUUUCAGAGGUGGCUGCAGCCAUAUCCCUCAUUCAUCUGCUUUUCUAUAGUAAGAACUUGCCACACCCCAGUCAAUGGGUGGAGUCAUUUCCCCUCCCUGGAAUCCAGACUGACCUUAGGAUUCACUUCUGACUGGAGAUGACACUACACAACUUCUGAGACUAGGUUGGAAAAAGCCAUUGAGCUUCUGCCUUGUUCUCCUGGGAUACCUGCUGUGGGGGAAGCCAGUAGCUAUGAAUAAUUCUGACCACCCUGAGACCACAGUGCUGGAGAGGAAGGGUUUUUCUAGGGGUGGAGGGGUGGGGUUCGAGAUCUUUUAUUUUCAGAGCUUGCAACAGUUGGUUAGCAAUGCUAGCUAAGUUGGUAUGAUCCGAAGGCCAAUCACCUUUCUCUUUAGGCAGUCAACCAACAGAAUCUCUUUCUUACAAACAAGAUCAUUGACCAGUUGGGAUCUGUCUCAACUUAUGUGUGGGAAGAGGUUCUCUCCCCCUACUUCUCCCAACAAGAUUGUUUUAUAGCCAAAUGAAACUCAAAUCCAUAACACAGCAACUAGUCAUCUCCAGUGUCACUGAUUCCCCCCACCCCCAGAAUAGGAAGUUGAGGUAAGAGGGGAGAGACUGUGUCCUGUUAUACGAAAAACAACAGCAGGGGUUCCAGCUAACAGCCUGGUCAGUGGACAGCCGUUGACUGUGCCCACAUGAGAGAUGCUAAGUGGGAACUACCUAGAGGAUGAGCCCCUCUCAAUUUCCUGAUCCACAAAUUCAUGAGCAAAAUAAAAUGUUUUGAAGUAAUUUGUUAUGUAGCUACAGAAACUGGAGUAUUCUGAAGCUUUGGUUAUCAGAGAUACACUACACAUUCUUAAAGACAUCCUUCAAGCAAAAUUUAUUUCAUUUCACUUCAUUUCAUUAUGUCUUAAAAACACUUGGGAGCAGGGAGUAGGUUGUCACAAAAUCAAACAAAGCCCGAAAACCGUCUAAUAAAAACAUGCGGCUUUAGGCUAGAGUAAAAUGAUAAUAGUAAUACAAUUCUAGUUUUUGUUUCUCUUCUGUCAGGCCCUACAUAUAUAUUCCAUCGUUUAACUUUCAUUCCAACUCUGUAAGGUGUGUCUCUUUUAGAGAUGAAGAAACUGAGGCUCAGAAAAUGUUAAAUGACUCACCAUGUGCCAGAGUUGGGGUUUGAACGCUGGUGGACCUGACUCUAGAGCCUGUCCUGCAGUGGGUGGAAGAGUUGUUAAUGAGAAGAGUUAAAUUACAGGAUGUCCUGUCCUUGGAUCCUAGGCUCUGGGACCCUUAGGUGUCACUUAGUUCAAUGCCGGGGACUCCUGGCCCAUCAUAGUGUUUUAAAAUCCACAUUACCAGACUCUGUUCACAUGGAGUCUUAGGUCUGUGGUAGGGUGUUUUCUAGAAGGUUCUGACCCUUCUCAAAUUGAAGUCUCGGAUUUAGUUCAGCCUCCCCCAUUGCAGAGGCCCUGGGAGAGGAAGCAGCUUGCUCCACAGCACGGAGCAGCUCAGCUGGCGAGCUGGGGCAGAGAGCAGGUUUCUGAUGCCCAGAGAGGGUGCUCCUCCAGGCAGCUCUAAAGGAGGUUUGGAAGACUGAUAGCAGAAGUGACUUGCACCCUAGUGAGGGGAUGCAGUAGGGAUUCUGUAAUAGAAGUGCUCCAGGUUCAGGGUUGGUGAAGGGUUGACUGGGUUCUGUGAUGAUGGCACUGCAGGAGUCCAUUCAGUCAUCUAGCAAAUAGCUACCAAGAGAUGCCUGGGUGCCAGGCAGAGGCGUUGGGGGCCCAGUGCUGAGCAGAACGGUCAUGGGUACCACUGCUUUUCGAAAUUACAUAAAUAUACAGGCUUUUAGGACUUAAAACGUCACAGAGGAGGCAGGAAGAGAAGGGGAAAGAGAAGGAGGGAGGGAGAGACAGGGAGAGAGACACAGAAGAUGGGUGGAUUUUAGGUUUCUUAGAUACGCAAUAGAAUUGAGAGUCAGGCUGAUCAAAGUGAGAAUAGUUUCAGUGUCACCUGUUCAAAGUCCCAAAUAGAUGUUAACUUCUGUGGUCUCUGAGUGCCUACAGUGUCCCAGCCGUGCUACUGGGCUCUGAGGUGACAGCCCUGGAGUGGCUCCUGCCCUCAUACCCUCACAGGGGAGCUGAAGCUGCAAACAGAACAUACUCGUACAACGUCCCAAAUCUGGGAUAGAAACCGGGGCUGUGGGACUCCUGAUUCUGUCUGGAGACUGGGAUGGCUUUAGGUGACCAACUGUCCUGGUUUGCUCAAGACUGAGGGGUUUCCUGGGAUAUAGGACUUUCAGUGCUAAAACUGGAAAAGUUAUGGACAAACCAAGACUGCUGGCCACCCUAGAGGGUUUCCUAGAGGAGGAGAAAGCUGAGCUUCUCCUCCUCUCCUGCUCCCCUGCACUCUUCAUCUUGGAUCAUGGGAAUCCUUUUCCCAGAAACCCAAACCAGAAGCCUAGGAAUCAGCUUCAGCCACUCCUGCCCACAGGUUCUCCAUGCCAUCCAUUUCCUCUCCAGUCUGCUAGUCUGUCUUGCAGGGACAGCUGCCACAACCUCAGCACCUCCCACCUUGCCUUCUAUUCUCUCUUCCGAGUCCCAUCCUCACCAUGGCCAGGGCCACCAUUUUGAAUUGGAAUUCCCAUUCCAUGCUCCUUUACCAAACCUCUCCUUGGCUCAAAAUCAAAGUCCUCUAGCCUGGCACUCAAAGCCCCACAUGACCUGGCUUCUUUUGCCCUCUCCAACUGCAUCUGAAGUGGUGCUGAACUUAGUUCCUCAGUAAAGAUUGGCUGGAGAGCUGGGAGGUGGCCUGAUGGCUGAGAUCUGAAAAAGCAAACCCCUGCAUUUCUGUCCCUUUCUUAGUUUUUCUCUUGGCAGUGACUGCUUUUCAUUGCCCAACCAAUGAAGACAGCACACAGGCAGCUGUGCCAGUUACUCCCUGGCUUAUGUUCCACCUCAAGCCUAUUUUGUUUUCAAGAGACCACACUGCUGCCCUGGCCUUGCCCCAUUCUGACUUCAGUUUCCAGUUUACUUUGGAACCCCAAGUCCUUAGAGUCUUUGUACACACAAAGCUACUCCCUUAUGCCUGGAAUUUGUCCUUGCUGGCAGGUGGUGAUGGAAGAGUCUGUAAAGUCUCAGUGAUUCUUUCAGUCCUUCUCAAGCCUUUGAACCAUUUUACAGAGUUUUUGGAUCCAUUCCAGAGAGUCAUCCAACCGGAAGAGAUCUGGCUCUAUAAAAAUCCUUUGGUGCAAUCAGAUAACAUACCUACCCGCCUCAUGUUUGCAAUUUCUUUCCUCACACCCCUGGCUGUUAUUUGUGUGGUGAAAAUUAUCCGGCGAACAGACAAGACUGAAAUUAAGGAAGCCUUCUUAGCGGUGUCCUUGGCUCUUGCUUUGAAUGGAGUCUGCACAAACACUAUUAAAUUAAUAGUGGGAAGACCUCGCCCCGAUUUCUUUUACCGCUGCUUUCCAGAUGGAGUGAUGAACUCGGAAAUGCACUGCACAGGUGACCCCGAUCUGGUAUCCGAGGGCCGCAAAAGCUUCCCCAGCAUCCAUUCCUCCUUUGCCUUUUCAGGCCUUGGCUUCACGACGUUCUACUUGGCGGGAAAGCUGCACUGCUUCACCGAGAGUGGGCGGGGAAAGAGCUGGCGGCUCUGUGCUGCCAUCCUGCCCUUGUACUGCGCCAUGAUGAUUGCCCUGUCCCGCAUGUGUGACUACAAGCAUCACUGGCAAGAGAAACUGCAGCUCACAGUCUGUCUGAAAGAAAACCACCACCUGCCAGAGCACACAGAGAGCCGAGACGGAGGUGAUGUCCACAGGAGGUGUGGCCUCUGGGAAGCGUGGGGUCUAGGGCAGGGUUUCCCAAGGGGAAUCCUUGGAUCACCUUGAUCAGGCUGCCCUGAUCUAGAAAUUGGACUCUCUAGAGGUGCAUCUGGAGCAGUGGUCUAGAAUCGCCAUGGUUGUUAAGGUGCAUCUGGAGCAGUGGUCUAGAAUCGUCAUGGUUGUUAAGGUGCAUCUGGAGCAGUGGUCUAGAAUCGUCAUGGUUGUUAAGCAAGCCUAUCAUUGCUGAUGAAGUCUAAGAAGCACUGGGAAAGAGCUCCACCAUAUGUGUCAAUUUUAACCAAACAAAGCAAAGAAAACGUGCCUGAAUCCAGCUUCUUUGGGUGAAUGGGCUUCCAUGAUAGGUCUGUGACCCAAACCUCCUCUCCCUUUCUUGUUUUCCGACUGUUGCUGGGCAUUGUUCAUCUCCCCCCUCUCUCUGUCUUUGCAGCCAGCUGCCUUGCAAGACUUUUCCUUUUCUUUUUUCCUACCUUUUCCAGGUUUUUUUUUUGUAGUAGUAAUGAGGCAAUGGAUGGGGACAGAGUUGAGGGGAACUCCUAGCUGAGAGCCCCUCCUUCCUCAUCUUCUCUGGAGACCUUGUGCUCUUUUCAGCACUGCCCAGCUUCUCCUGUUCCUUUCUAGUCUCAUCCCUACCCCCAUAUCCUCCUGGAGCUCAUGCUCUGGGUGUCCUGUGACCCCAGCCUAGCUUUGAGCUGAAGGGUGAAGGGUAUAGGGAAAGAGAUGCUGACAUGGUUUGGACAGCACAGCAAGUAUCAAGUGCUACUAAGGUCUGAGGCCCUCCUGAUGGGGGAGGUCAGAAGAGGGUCACAGGUCUGAGCCUGCCCUUGUUCUGUUUUUAAUCAAUGACUCGGAUGAAAUGCUGGAUGAUAAGAAGCCACAUCAUGAGACGGAAGGAUGGAGAGAGUCACUGGGCCAACAAAAACAAAGGCACAGCCCCGCCUUGGAACUGGGAAUAUUUUCCCACAGAAUUGUUUUCCACAUAUGUGGUUAGGGCAUUUCCCCAUGAAGAAUAUUAUGGGCCAAAUGGCCUUUUAUGGACUGCUUCUCAUUGAUCCCUUGUGAGCCAGUUUCUUCUUUGAGCGCAGGAACAAUUAAUCCCUAAAUAUUUCACAGAGCUUUUCGUAGAUUGAAAGAAAUAAUGGGUCCAAAUGUUCUUUGUAAAUGGAAAUUUACUACACACAUGCAAAGUGGUAUCAUUGUUGCUUAGUACAUUUUCGCUAAGGAAGGAUGCGUUGUGUUUCCCAAACAACUGACUUGGAGGCAGACAUUUUUUUUUGGAACAUGAUUUAUUUGUAAGCUACAAAUGCCAGGUUUUCACUUUUAUUCAAUCACUUUGGAUUCGGGAAUGAUUUGGGGGUUUCAGAAUUGAAUCAGUUUUUCCUUUAUCUUGGAGUCAGUAAGAGCCUUUGCAUAGUACUGACAACCUAAGAUGUGAGGCUGGCCUGUCUUCAGCACUCUCUGACUCUACCCUGUUUUGUUCCUCAUUUCCUAGCUGUGGUAGUGUAACGUGGCCAGAGUAAAGGAAUGUGGAAUCACAGCUCUUGUCUUUAGAGAGUGGUAAAUUUAUGCUGCAGCUGGUGUACCCAAGGCCUGUUGGCAACUGGGGCUUUGAAACCAACCAUACUAUCCAACAGGCACAGAAAGGAACUAUGAGCAGUCAAGUGAGAAUAUUCAUCCUCUGUGGGCUGUUGGGAAAGCAAAGCAAGAGAAUUUAUGUUCAGUGAUGGUUAAAACCAUAUUUGGGAAUCAAACCAAAACUGCAUCAUGGUAGACUUCUGCAGCCCAAACUGAACGUGCAUCUGUUGGUACAGGUUAUUGAUAUAGCCCAAGGACCAGUUCAGCUCUGUCAUUAUCAUUUCAACUUAUACCCUUGGAGUCAACCAGGAGAGGAACACAGCUUCGUUUGGAUACUCUAAAGGGCUCUGAGUCAGGCUCAUUUUACCUGAGUUCCCCCCUCAUGAGGCUGUCUGCCACUGUCCACACCAGUUGUUUUCAACUGGGUGAUGGAGAGGCUGACUGUACCUCUCAGGGGACAUUUAGCAAUGUCUGUAGACAUCUUUUUAGUUGUCACAACUUUGAGAGGUAGGUGCUACUGCCAUCCAGUGGGUGGAGGGUUAGAGACUAGGGAUUCUGCUAAAUGUCCUACAAUCGCAAGGCCCCCUGCCCACCAACAAGGAGUUAUCCAAACCCAAAUGUCAACACUGCCCAGUUUGAGAACCCCUGUUCUACAUUGUACCCCAGUUCCAUAGUUCUUUUCCCUGUUACAUGUUAAGAAGCAGCAAUGUUCUGAGAGUGGAAAGUUUUGUUCAUUCAACACUCAAUUAUUAAGGGAGAAAUCAAGGAGCCCUCAACGGUUUCCCGUUGGGAGGAGGGAGGCAGAGUGAGGUCUUCAACUGCAGUGUAGGUGGAUGUUUGAGGCAGGAUGCCUGAUUAAGAUAAAUAACUUGUUUUCCUUUGGUGAACUAAGCUGCCCAGUGACUGUGGGCGGGGGCCAUCCAUCAUGGCGAGAAUUCACAUGGAGGCCCAUUAGCAUCAGCAAAACUCAAGUCCCCCUCAUUAUAGACUUUAGUUAACAGCAUUCAUGUUGUGAGAUUUUAUGACUCCAUUUCAAUUUUGAUUUAAGCAACUGUGCCUAAUGUAGAAAUACAUCCAAUUACUCGAUUACACAUCAUAUCCAAUAAAUAGCCCAUAAUCUCCAAUGACUCUCUGUCUCUCCACUAUCAUGGUUAUUUUCUGUUAUUGACACCCCCUGGUCUUUUCUGCCUCCCCAGCCCACUCCAAAUAUACAAAUCUAUUGUUUUAUUAAGUGAGGAAAAUACAGAGGCACAGGCCAUGGCAUAGGGAAGGACACAUGAAACAUUUAACAGAACUUCCCCAGACACAAAACCAGCUGGAUCAAUACUAAAUCUCUAUGUGGCUGAUGUGCCCUGUGUCCUUGUGACAUUCUGGCUUGCAUGUCAACUGGAAGCUGGAGAGUUUCGCAGAUGACGCUAACUACAAAGCCCGGUACCCUCUCAAACAGGCUCCCCUUUGUGAUUGACAGUGUGUUUAACAGUGCUCAGACUUGUGGAAUCCCCCUGCUAGAGAAAAUAAAUGCAGACAAAGAGCAGAGCGUGUCAUUAAACUGACUUCUGCCUCUAUUCACGCCCUUGUGUGAUUACGAUUCCUCGUAAAUGGAGGGUUACAGCUACUAGUGGCAGGAAUGUGGUGUUUGCUCUAUCACUGGACUUAAUAAUGAGCUCCCCUGACCCCUCAAGUCCCUGCACCUGAAACCAGGCUCUGCCCAUGUGACUUUAGGUUUGGAGAUAACAUUUUAAACACUUGUUUCUCUAAUUAUAGGUCAUUUGAAGCAGCCCUGGGUCCCUGAGUGGUGUUUCAUUAUAAGAAAGAACACCCCCCUCUGGAUGUAAUCUAGGGAAACCGGUCUCAAAGAAUGAAACAGUCAUUUGUUCCCACCCAGACUAAGGUUGGAAAGUGUCUCGGUCAGAUACAGACACAGUUGUCUAACUGGGUUGAAGUUUUCAAGAUGGCCAUUAUUGCCUUCGCCUGCUUUCCCAGAUUGGGCUGUGAAGGGUCUGUGAUUUGAAAUGAACUAAAUGUAGUUACCAAACUUCAGGAGAUUACUGACCCUGCAAAUGCAGGUGUUUUGGUGGUUGGAUAUUGUGCUGGACUGUUUGUGCACAAAAUACUUCUGGCCUCAAGAAGCCCAGGCAGAAGCUAUUCCCUUUGGAGAAACCCUUGCUUCAAAGUCUGAUGACAUUCUAUAACUCACAGGACUCUCUCAAGUUCUCCUUCCUUUUGUUACUGAUAAACUCAGUAGCCCCAAAGGAUGGGAUCGUUCCCUGUUCAGUGUGACAGAGACAUUACAUGAAAUCAAAAGUAAGCAUCAAGCAGAGUAAAUUUUAUUCCAUGGCCAAAGAAUGGAGAAGUGGGGGCCGGGCGCGGUGGCUCACACCUGGAACCCCAGCACUUUGGGAGGCCGAGGCGGGUGGAUCACGAGGUCAGGAGGUUGAGACCAUCCUGGCUAAUACGGUGAAACCCCGUC